AUGCUGAUAAGGACGAUAAUUUUGCUCACAGCUGGAAUCUCAGUACUAGCCGAAGAAAUAAAUUCGUACGAUCCGGACUAUGGCACAUUCAUUGGCGAGCUGCCAAAUUUAGCAGAUGGCGAUGUGAAAGGAAAGGUUUACGUUGUGAAUGACACCACAUUGCAAAUCGUCAAUUUCACUUACAAUGGGAAUGCUCCAGACUUGUACUUCUGGAUGGACCGUAAAGAGAGCCCGACACAGGAUGGUGUGAAAAUUCCAUCAUUUGAGUAUGGAAUCACCGCCCUAGGAAAGUACGAUAAUGCCGAACAAGUGGUACUUACACUUCCAGGACGGCAUAAAAUCACGAAUUUCAAGAGCUUCUCCUUAUUCUGCUACAAAUAUGAGCACAAUUUCGGCUCAGUCGUCAUUCCCGAGAAUCUGAUUGUUCCACGACCACAAUUUCUAGCCAGCGAGCUGAAGGGGAGCCGAUAUUCCGUUGGCUCAGGGCCAAUUCUCAUCAUGGACAAGCGUACGAUCAAAAUCUUCGGUUUCACGUUUGACGCCGACAAAGCUCCAGAUGGUUACUUCUUUGUUGGACGUGGGCCAAAUGUAGCACAUGACGCUGGAGUGAAAGUGCCGAUUCGUGGCCGUGACACACCGGAAUUGAUCACAGCGAUGAACGAGCGGUAUCGUGGGGGUCAAGAUCUUAUCAUUGACUUACCGGCCGAUUACGAUAUUCAACAUGUGGACUGGCUAGCCAUUUACUGUUACAAAUUCCGUGUCGAUUUCGGCCACGUGGCUAUUUCAAAUGUGUCAUCACGAAUUCCUCCAUAUGUACCACCACAAAAACGAUUUGACGACGCGUCAAACGCUGUUGAAGGAUGGCCGGUGACGUCAUUGCUAGGAAAUGACAAUCGACGAAAUUUCACGUUUCAACUUGGUCCCCCCGGUGGAAAGAAGGGCUAUCAGUCGAUGACCCGAGCUCGACCAUCAAAAUACGUGUGGUAUGUGAAUGGCAUGCUAGCUGAUCUCUAUUUGAAACGCGGUGUAACUUAUACAUUUAUAGUCGAAGGCGGGUCCGACAAGUCCACAUCUGAUUUCUUCAAUCCACUUUAUAUUUCUGAUGAUCAAUUUGGUGGUUAUGGAAAGCUGAGCAAUGAGGAGAAGGAGCAAGUCACCGUGUACUCCGGGCCCGAUCCAUCACGUGUAUCUGGUCGACUUUGCCUCUGGUCGAAUGACGAAAAUGUGGACGAUUCGCAAUUUGCCACGUUCGCCGAUUUCCGAAAAACUCUCCACUUGAAAUGUGAUACCGACAAAGUUGCUGCAUUGUUCCAUUUCACUCCCGACGAGAAGACCCCUGAUACUCUCUAUUAUCAGAGUUACUCAAACUACAACAUGGGUUGGAAGAUUCAUGUGGUAAAUGAAUUACCUACCACUAUUACCGAUAUCAAAGAAGAGCCGUACGUUUAUGAGCAAUGGCUGCAAACGCAGUCUGUUCAAUCACCUCAUACAUCGUCAAUGUCGGUACUCGGACUAACAACUGGUGCACUGACGUUGGUCAUGGCUACGUGGCUGUUCUGA